ACGCGAAUCCUGUCUUGUAACAACUGUAAGGUAGAGGUCGUAUGUGAAACCUAUAAUCAACCAAAUUUACGAACAAAGUCCUAACAACGUAUGAAUUGACAGGAAACACAUUGUGUAUUAUCUGUAAAUUGGCUUUGAGAAGGAAGGAUCGCUGUGUUGUAUAAAAUCAAACUCAUUGAAUCUUGGACUCGGCUGUUUCGUGAGACUUUUUCAAGCAUUGCAAUUGAAGUUUCAACGAUCAUAAAAGAAGACAAAUACCGUCCAUAUACUAAGCAUAGCGUAUACCCUACCGGGUUUUGAGUCUAUUACACGACGUGCAUCACAAAUUGACCAUUGUGCUGGAAAACACUACUCUGACGCACACAACUGAAUACAGUUGUUCCCUCUUGCAAAACCCUCCUGUUACUUCUUUCAAUUCUCAAAGUAUUACCGAGUCAAUUCCCUUGCCGUCUUUACAGUUUGCUCGUUCAUUCAACAAGCUGUUAUACAUAAUGAAUCGCUACGGUAGCGUUCAUCAAGCGCGGAGGCUAUUAGAAAGCUCAUCGCAGGAUGAUCUAAACGGAUUCGAAACAAUGUUUGAUGUGGAAAACUUUGAUGUUGAACGCUAUUUACAAGAAACUCUCAAGAAUGCCAGCGAAGAGCAAAUGCUUGCACUGUAUACCCAGUUGCUUAAAAUGCAUACAGAUUUAAAGAAGGACCUUGAGAAGAAUUUUUACAAAAACUUUAGAGAGUUUGUUCUUAUCUCAGAAGAGAUGCAAAACUUGAACAAAGAUGUAUCUAAGGUUCGUUCCUUACUGACUACUCUUGGAAAGAAAAUCGAGGCUCUAAACCUUGUUACCUUUGAGCACGAUUUGACCGAUGCAUCAAAUACCGAGCUGAUGCAUCGCCAAUUGAAACGGCUACAGUCCUCUGUGGAUGGUUUGAAUGAUGAUUUUUGGCAGGUGCCUUCUCGUCGUGUGGUUUAUGAACAGUUCGAAUGGAAACAGUUUAAUGUGCUUACACAAAAACUUCGACGGUUUGUUAACUUGGUACUUUUUGAUGACGUGCUCCUAGUUACUACGAGUUCGGUUUCGCAAGAGCGUGGACCACGGAAAUACGAAGCUCAGUAUGUAUGGAAUUUGGCUGAUGUUGAAAUACUUGCUGCAACACAGCCCACUGAAGACUUAGAAAAUGAACAGGAAAUAGAUGCAGAGGAAAGUCAAAGCGAUGAGGAUACACUUUUUGGCAAACAUCAGAACUUGGUAAUUGUUAAAAACGACCGGAAAACCUAUGCAUUCUCCUCGCAUGGCAAUGAAGAGCGUGAUUAUUUCCUACGUCAAGCUCUUGAAUGCAAGAGACUUGUUUCUGAGAAGGCACAAAAACAACGUGAACUUGAGCUUGAAAUGCAUCAGCAAUUAUUGUAUCUCGUUCGCAGUGACAAGAACCUACUGUCUACGUAUAACUCGUUUCAACUGCUCUAUCGCGAACUCGACUCAGAACGUGUGCUGUCACUCUUUUCAAAAUUUAGUAAGACACUGCAUGAUCUCGGUGAUAUGAUCGAUGACCUUGACGAUGCUAUAGCUUUGCAAAUGUUUAAUGAGGCAAUCAAGGCUAUCAAACAAAUAAAGACUUACCUGGGUAAGAUUAAUUUAGACCGUUUGUUUAUUGAGUUUUUCCUCGAUAAACUGGAAGAGCGGGUGCGCCGUGUGACGAGAAUUCUGUGUCACCAAAUUCAGUAUUCAGCUAUUAGUCGUAAUGAUCUUCGAGACAUUGCGCGCUUAUUACACUCACUCACGAAACAAUCUGAAGCCAUGGAGGCGUUUUUGCAAGCUAGAACUUGGCAACUGCGAAACAAAUGUUACAACGUCCAACUAGAAAAGGACACUUCCGAUUUCGUCGAAACUUCGGCGUUUAUUGCCUUCCGCAUGCUCUACCAAAUUACAGAGUCGUUCCUGUAUACCUUUGAGCUCACUGCAGUAAAUACAGAGUAUGUGGAAUGGGUGAUUGGGCAAGUCGAGAUGUUUGUGGACGUUGUUAAGAAACAGUACGCCGGGCUUGUCAAAGAUGCAUCCUACGUUCGUGCAGUGCAGUAUAUCAUCGAGCAAGCUAAACCUUUAAAGGAGUUUGAUAUAGAUGUGGACCCCAUCCUACGCCGGCUUCAAUGAUUGCCAGUCCCGGCGGAUGCAAAUCCUACUUUUCGCAAGUCAUGUUUCACGGUUUCACGAACCAUAUUUUACAUCUACGUCUCUGUAGAACUUUAUGUCGCAUAUACAGUUAUUAAGGUAUUACAAAAAGAAAAGAAUCAUCUUCGCAACCGUAAUUUUUCUAAACAGUGUAUGUGAGAGUAUAGACGAUUCAUUGAAAAGUGC